UGCUAGAAAUGGUCGAUAAUCGUCGUACCCUUGGCUCGCUGCUCAGAAAACCCUGCCUUCCCCCCAGUGCACUUCAGCGUUAGUUCAGUAUUUUAAUCUUGUUAAUAUACACGUGCGCGCAAGGCUGACUAGGUUUUCAAAUCGCAUUACUGUAACAAGAUUUGUCGUAAGCGCCGUGUCCCAGUCUGGGGGUAUAAAGCGUCUCGUUUGUUUUUGCGAGCGGGGAAAGGAAGGGUUUUAGUAGGCUGCCUGUAGUAUUGCGUCGUCUGUACCACACCCAACAGGCAGAAAACAUCGAGUGUGUACUGUGCGCUAAUGUGUUUAUGCGGAAAGAUUUGGUGGUUAUUAUUAAUGUUCAUAGGAGUGCUACGUUUGUGAGAAGCCAAGUGAGAGUUUGUAAAACGGCUCGAAACAGAUAAUAUUGGCUGAGCCAACCCUCCGAAGCUAAAACAUGGCGUGCUGCCUUUCAGAAGAGGCGAAGGAGCAGAAGCGAAUAAAUCAAGAAAUCGAAAGGCAGCUUCGGAGGGAUAAACGUGAUGCGAGACGGGAGCUGAAACUUUUACUUCUAGGUACUGGUGAGUCGGGGAAGUCGACAUUCAUCAAGCAGAUGCGUAUCAUCCACGGCUCGGGGUACUCUGAUGAAGAUAAACGAGGUUUCAUCAAAUUGGUUUACCAGAACAUAUUCAUGGCCAUGCAAAGUAUGAUUAGGGCCAUGGAGUUACUAAAGAUACAGUAUGCGCAGUCAGCAAAUAUAGAAAAAGCAGAACUCAUUCGAAGUGUGGACUUCGAAACAGUAACAACGUUUGAAAGUCCAUAUGUUGAGGCCAUCAAGGAUCUGUGGGCAGAUGCAGGAAUUCAGGAAUGUUACGACAGGCGUCGCGAGUACCAGCUCACAGACUCUGCCAAGUACUACCUGUCGGAGAUAGACCGCGUGGCGGCUCCCAACUACCUCCCGACGGAGCAGGACAUCCUGCGAGUGCGAGUGCCCACCACCGGCAUCAUAGAGUAUCCGUUUGAUCUGGAGGAGAUUCGUUUUAGGAUGGUAGAUGUAGGAGGACAGCGUUCGGAGAGAAGGAAGUGGAUACACUGCUUUGAAAAUGUUACUUCCAUUAUCUUCCUGGUAGCAUUAAGUGAAUACGACCAAAUUCUGUUUGAAUCUGAAAAUGAGAAUCGGAUGGAAGAAAGCAAAGCAUUGUUUAAAACGAUCAUAACAUAUCCCUGGUUCCAACACUCCUCAGUCAUCCUGUUCUUGAACAAGAAGGAUCUCCUCGAAGAGAAAAUCAUGUAUUCACAUCUAGUAGACUAUUUUCCAGAAUAUGAUGGUCCUCAGCGGGACGCCAUCGCGGCUCGGGAAUUCAUUCUGCGAAUGUUUGUCGAGCUGAAUCCUGACAGCGAGAAGAUUAUCUACUCGCACUUCACUUGUGCCACAGAUACAGAGAACAUCAGGUUUGUGUUUGCGGCAGUGAAGGACACGAUUUUGCAGUCGAACCUGAAGGAGUACAAUCUGGUUUAAAACGCCACGCCACGCCUGGCAGCUCUCGCUCGACACCACGUAACAUAUUGAGAGAUAAUUUAUUUUUAAUCAUUUUAUUACAUAAGAAAAAAGAAUUGGAGGAAAUGUUCUUACAUUGUGUAUUGUGUUCAUUGUAUUGGGUCAGGGGAAUCCAAUGCCAAUACAGUCGUACAUUAAUUAGAGAGCAUCGGACACUUCGCUUAUUAUUUGUGGAAGGAAGAGCUCCCUUCUUCUCCUUCUCCUGAGUGUUGUCUCACCUGAGUCCAGUGUCUGAUGUAGGGAUACAUUUGUUAGUGAGCAUCGGAGAGAAGUCACAACUAAUUCUUUGGUUUCCUUCUCUUCUGCCUUUCUCCCUCAUCCCUCUCCUCUCUCUCUCUCUCUCUCUCUAUCUAUCUAUCUAUCUAUCUAUCUAUCUAUCUAUCUCUCUGAUGUAAACUUCAAAAUCCUAAAUUACCUACUGCCAAUGACAACGUAGCAAAAAAUGUGUUGGUGGUUUAUAGGACAGAAAUUUCUGGGCAAGAAUGGUUGAUAAGAGGAAUGUAAUGUAACAAUUGCUUUAAACAUGAAUUUUAUCACGCCUGGGAAGUAUGAGAUGCUUAAUCUUUUCUUUUGGGGGUGGGGGGGGGGGGGGCAGUUGUUGAAAUGCGCUACAUAUAGCAUUACGUUUAGGAAUGAAGAAGGGCACCCCCAUGAUUAUGUGUGAUAUUUAAACUUACACUACCAAGUUAAUGUUAAUAACUACUUCAGUUUUACAGUAAGCUUAUUAUCUGCUUGUCAGCUGUACUUUCCUCAGUGCUCUGGCUACCAGUUAAAUUUAUAGCAGUGGACCAACUUGAACCAAAAUAUCAGUUUGUUUCUUUGGGUUAAAAUUGUCCAAAAUUUCUGUAUUUAUUGGCAUAUAUGGUGUUUGUAAUUUUCUUCAGGAGUACAUUACAGGAACUAUGAGCUGCAAACAGUAGCAUUUUUGAUAGCACAACAUUUUAAAAUAAUACCUUAGAAUUGUAAAAAAAUAUUUUGUGAAACAAUUAUAGUCUGCAGGUGUUUGCAAAAUAUCUCAUUAUGCUAUGUUAAAAUUUCCUAUGUUUUGGUGCAUUGUGAUAGAUAACACCAGCUCAACUGAGAGCUUUUGUAAGGAUCCAGAGUUUGCAUUUACUGUUCGAGUCGGUGUGUUUGUCGAUUCGGUAAGGUUUCUGUGAAACAUAUCUGUGAAGUGGGAGAAGGUCAACGCCUAACAAUAUUACCUCCUUUGGGAUUCUCUCUCUCUCUCUCUCUCUCUCUCUCUCUCUCUCUCUCUCUUUCUUUCCCUUCUAUGCUUUUCCACCUUCCCUAUCCUGUAGGAGAGGCAUUGACUUGCACUUACGGAGAGCAGCUGUAUGAAAUCUAUUGAAUCUCCAGUGCCUAUUGUCAUCAUCUGGUUGUAAAACAAGGGACAUUUACAUGAAUGUAUGCUAAUCUGUUUGUUAAUUGUAUUUUAAAUGAGCCCAUAAUUAUUCCAUGUUUGUAAAUAAUUGUACUAAGCUAAUUAUUCCGUAUAGCUGUGCAGAGCGCGUGCUAUUGUUGUGUGAAAAUAUUUAUCCCUCUUUUUUUCUUUUUGUUUGCGAGAGGAGGUUGUGAAGGAUUUGUGGAAAUACCUUUUACAGCUCUUCAGUGAGUUGUACUGUGCAUAUUUGCUUUGUUGUUGUUUUUAAUGGCUGUUGUAAGUAAUUAAACAGUGACAGUUUGGCCUAAGAAAGAAAUCCAGAUUGCCAGUGUGCAGCAAACGGACACAGUCAUCCGAACUUUUGGAUCGAGAAGUAUUGCACUGUGAAGAGACAAUUUUUGAACGCAACCGCAUCUUCGCGGUGUCGCGUCUUGGUUCAGAGUGAAGUGUGAGAGCCGUGCCUGCGACACACUGCUUUCUCGUAGGGUUUGUCCGCAGUGGGAGGCAUUAAAUGCUGGAGAUGGAAUGUGAUAAGUUUUUGAUUAGCAUUGCAGAACUUGUGAGGAUGGUUUUUACUUUUUUCUGUUUAUUGUUGUUUCCCUGGCAUUAUAUAUCAUAGGUGUAAAUGCGGUUGAAUACUGAAGUUUGUAGUGUUCGUAAUGACAGAAAUAGCUUGUGAAAUUCAGCUGAUUUAAUUAUCUUCUAACUGUAAAUAUUGUGAAUUGUAUUAAUGUAUACAGAAUAUUUAUUUAUUAAACAGAAAUUGUUGCAGUUAAUUGGAUGAUUAUGCCAAGCUAUAUAUAUAUAUAAAUAUAUGUACACACAUACACAUAUUGUGAAUUAUAUUUAUACGGACUAAUUUUUAUUUGUUACGACGCAUUGUGCAGAAGUAUUAACAGAGUCCAAUAAUCAAAUAUUAUCAAUAUACAACGAUGUCAUUUAAAAUUCGUGAAUACCUGUUGACCCAAUUUGAUCUCUGUUACGGAGAGCUCAGAGUCCGGCUGUCACCUCGAGUUGCGACAGUGUAACAGACUGAGAUAGUGUGUGCGACCGAGGAAUUUGAAAGGACAGUAGACAUUGGUAAGGUCGACUCCAUUUUGUAUCAGAGUACUGGUUAUCUAGGCACGAGAGAAGCAGACAUCAAUUUGGCUCGUACUGUGUGCGGAGUUGUCAUAUUGCGACUUCGAUCACGAGUUCACUGAACCCCAUUGUCAAGAUUCCAAACAGCUAUUGAGGAAUACUUAUGACACCAUUUGCUACCAGCUUGCCAUUAGACGAGUCGUCAUAUCUUUUAGCAAGUCUGAAUUUUUUCAGGCUUUUGAGGUGUCUUCAAAUGUGGUUUGUAUUGGUCUCAGAAUUUAAUUUCAGUUGAAACAGUAUUUAAUGCAGGUCUUUUGUUCAGGGGGCUAUUUUUUGUGCAGAUAUGAGGGAUGUAAGGAAAAAAAUUAGAUAAGGUGAAGAAAAUUUGUAAAUGGGCAGGAAAUACUGAUAUUGGUAGCACUGUCGGUGUGUUAAUGUGUGAAGUGGACCUUUUUUUUAUAUAUAUAUUUGUUUAUUUAAAGGGUAUUGAGUCCAAAGGAAAAUGGACAAAAUUUUUCUCAGUCAGACAGUAUAAAAAAAUUUGUAAUAAUUUACUGAAAGGAGCUAGUGAUUGAGAUGUGCUGUGUUACCUCCCUGAGUCAUCGGCUGCUUAAGCAUCCAGUUACUUGAAUGCUUAUUUGUUUCCUCAUUCACUUCUUGGUACUUAAGAAUUGCAGAAACAUAAAUACCACUUUUCAAGACAUUUGAGACACCUCGGUGUACUAAUAUAUAACAAUGCCAUUACAUCAAAUUAAGUACAGGUUCAUACAGCCCAGUAUAAGAAACUAAAUAUGGAAAAUUACUAAACUACAUAGGUAGCUUGCUCAGGGUAACCCUUCAUUACAAACAGUUAUUUUUCACUCAUUGUCUGUGUUGUUAUUGCAACUUCCUGCAACACUUUAGACAUCCGAAAACAACUCCAAAAUAUGUAAUGUUUGUAUUCCUAUUUGAGCUGCUAUUGCCAAAAGCUUUAUAUUGUUUGUUACAUCUUAUGAAUAAAUUUUAUAUCUUGUGAUUUUUUUAUUUCUGCCUUUGUAAAUGUAUACAGCCGUAUAUUGCAAACAUGUUCUUUGUUUUAUUAGUUUACUUCAGCUCUGUCUACUGAAUUGUAUAUUGUGCACAAACGUCUAACCUGUGAUUACAAACUGAAACCCAGCAACAUUUUUAGGCCACUGAGUUAGACUGGUCAAACAUCACAGUUUAGCAUUGGGGAAAAACACUAAGAAGCAUGUUUAUUAUUGUGUAGCCUACCAGAAUGUGUGAUGAUCUCCAGCAGAAUAAUAGUGGUAGAGCAUUGUGAGCAACAAGAAUGGAAUGGGAAAUAAGUUUUUUUUUUAUGCAAGACUAAGAAAUGCCAAAGCAUAACUUUCCUUCGUUUCACAUUUUUUCUGUUAAAUGUGCCCCAGUCAGUUAAAAUACGUUCUUAUAUGUAAGCGUUAGAAUAGUGACAAGUUAAGAACGAAAGUGUCUUCUAUAUGAUGCUGCAAAGUGCUAGAGUAUUGUAUAAAGAGCCUCUUGUUUGUGUGGAUUUUUUUUAGGUUACCUGGGCUCUUUGAAGUCCUGCCUGUUGCUUGCUGUUAGUGUGGAAAAGCUAAAAUGGUAAAAAAAAUUAAAGGACAUGGUGUGAAAUGUAUAUGUAUAUAUAUAUAUGUAUAUGUGUAUAUGAAAACACAGUUUCAUGCACAAAAAAUGGAAUUGUAUUUUUUCUCAAUUUGCAUUGUAACAAUGAUGAGAGGACGAAGUUCCAGUUUUCCCUUCUCAGAACUAUCUGAUUAUUGUUGAAGAGAAGUUAUGGUGAAUAAGGGGAAAAUGUAAUAAUACGUUGCUUCAUUCAUUUUUGUGUGAUUGAGAUAUGCAGCAACAGCUGUUUGUGUGUGCUGGCCAAGCAUGUGUUUGUGAAUGUGGCAUUAGCUCAUUUUGUAAAUCAUUUCUUGUCAAAAAUAUACUUUUUUCUGGAAA